AUGCCUCGGAAAGCCAUUGACUCGCGCAUUCCCGCGCUCAUUCGGAAUGGCAUCCAGGAGAAAAAGCGCAGUUUCAUGGUCGUUGUGGGCGACAGAGCCAAAGAUGUCAUUGUCCAUUUGCACUAUAUCAUGUCCUCCGUCGAUGUCAAGCAGAAUAAAUCCGUCCUAUGGGCCUACAAGAAAGAUCUCCUCGGAUUCACAAGUCACCGGAAGAAGCGAGAAGCAAAGAUCAAGAAAGAGGUUAAGCGGGGAAUUCGAGAUCCCAAUACUGAAGACCCGUUCGAACUCUUUGUGACCUUGCACAACAUUCGCUAUGUCUAUUACAAAGAGACGGAGAAGAUUCUUGGUAACACAUAUGGCAUGUGUAUCUUGCAGGAUUUUGAGGCCAUAACCCCCAAUCUGCUUGCCAGAACCGUCGAAACUGUGGAAGGUGGAGGACUGGUUCUACUUCUGCUAAAAGGCAUGAAAAGCUUGAAGCAACUUUACACAAUGUCUAUGGAUGUCCACUCAAGAUAUCGAACCGAGGCACAUGAUGAUGUCGUGGCCCGAUUCAAUGAACGAUUCAUUCUCUCGCUGGGGAACUGUGAGUCUUGUUUGGUCGUGGAUGACGAGCUUAAUGUCCUACCCAUCUCUGGGGGAAAGAAUGUUCAAGCUCUACCGCCACCGACGACCGAGGCGGACAGUUCAUUACCCAACAAAAGAGAAUUGAAGGAGAUCAAAGCUAGCUUAGCUGACAGCCAGCCAGUGGGAUCUCUCAUCACUUUGGCAAAGACCGUGGAUCAAGCCCAGGCACUGCUGACUUUUGUCGAUGCCAUUUCCGAAAAAACUCUGCGGAGCACUGUCACCUUAACAGCUGCUCGAGGAAGAGGAAAAUCUGCCGCUCUUGGUAUUGCUGUCGCGGCCGCAAUCGCUCACGGUUAUAGCAAUAUUUUCAUCACAUCUCCCAGUCCUGAAAACCUGAAAACCUUAUUUGAAUUUGUGAUCAAAGGAUUCGAUGCACUCGAAUACAUGGACCAUGUCGACUACACCAUACUGCAAUCAACCAAUCCAGAUUACAAUAAAGCUAUCGUACGGAUAAAUGUCCACAGGCAACACCGACAGACCAUCCAAUACGUCCAACCCCAGGAUGCACAUGUCCUCGGUCAGGCCGAAUUGGUGGUGAUAGAUGAGGCAGCAGCAAUUCCGUUGCCGUUGGUGCGCAAGUGGAUCGGUCCGUAUUUGGUCUUCAUGGCUUCAACCAUCAAUGGCUAUGAAGGAACCGGACGAUCUUUGUCGCUAAAACUCAUCCAACAACUGCGGGACCAAUCUAGAGGCGGUGCCCGGGCGAAUGGGGAAGACCUUGAAAUCGCCGACAAAGCAACGGGGAGAGCAGCCAAAGACGGCCCAAAAGUCUACUCGGGAGGACGAUCACUGCGGGAAAUUACCUUAUCGGAGCCUAUUCGAUAUGCCCCCGGAGAUGGCGUUGAGAGGUGGUUAAAUCGACUAUUAUGUCUCGAUGCGACACUGCCGAAAUCGAAAAUGAAUACCCAGGGAACACCACACCCGUCGACGUGCGAACUGGUCCAUGUCAACCGAGACACUCUGUUCUCAUUCCAUCCUGUUUCAGAAAAAUUCCUUCAGCAAAUGAUGGCACUUUACGUCGCUUCCCACUACAAGAAUUCUCCUAAUGACCUCCAAUUAAUGUCUGAUGCUCCAGCACACCAGCUCUUUGUCCUCAUCCCACCGAUUCCUGACGACGCCAAUAAACUUCCGGAGCCUCUCUGUGUCAUUCAAGUCGCGCUCGAAGGACGUAUUAGCAAAAAGUCUGUCUUGAACAGUCUCUCGCGUGGCCAGAGAGCUGGUGGUGACCUUAUUCCUUGGCUCGUCAGUCAACAAUUCCAAGACUCGGAAUUUGCUGGAUUGUCCGGCAGUCGAAUCGUACGAAUCGCCACAAAUCCCGAAUAUUUGAGCAUGGGAUACGGUUCACGGGCUCUCCAACUCUUGAUAGAUUUCUACGAAGGAAAAUUCACCUCACUGUCCGAGACUGGUGAGUCUACCAUGGAAGAGAUGGAACAUAUGCCUCGUGUCACGGAUGCUGAACUCGAGGAAUCAAACCUUCUUGACGACAACAUCAAAGUGCGAGACAUCCAACAAAUGCCACCGCUCUUCAGCAAACUUUCAGAACGACGACCAGGUCACCUAGACUAUCUCGGCGUGUCCUUCGGUCUGACACAACCACUUCACAAAUUCUGGAAACGAGCAUCUUUUGCCCCAGUCUAUCUUCGCCAAACAGCCAACGAAUUGACAGGGGAGCAUUCCUGUGUCAUGCUCCGACCCCUAUCAACAAGUACCACCGCCGAUAAUUCUUGGCUCAGUGCCUACGCUCAAGACUUCCACAAACGAUUCCUCACACUUCUAUCCUACCAAUUCCGCACAUUCGCAUCUGUCCAAGCCCUCUCCAUUUCCGAAUCUGCGUCACGAGCAACCAAAUUCUCCUCUUCGCCUUCGGAAGAUCCCACAAGCCUAACUCAUCUCCGUCCCAUUACCAAAUCCGACUUGGACUCUUUAUUCUCACCCUUCGAUCUCGCCCGCCUUGAAUCCUACGCGAACAACAUGCUCGACUACCACGUCAUUCUUGACAUGAUGCCUUCCAUCGCACACCUCUAUUUCACAGGCCGUCUAAAGCUGCAUCCUUGUAACGUCAAUCUCUCCGGCGUGCAGCAAAGUAUUCUCCUCGCUAUAGGUCUACAGCGCAAAGAUCUAAGCGACGUGGAGAAAGAGUUGAACCUGCCUAGCAACCAACUACUGGCAAUGUUUGUCAAGAUCGUGAGGAAAAUAAGCACCGCGUUCCGAACUGUGGUUUCCGGCGCCGUAGAGGCUAGUUUGCCGGAGAAGAGGCACGCGGAUCUCAACGGCGCCUUGGAUACAAGAAUCGCCAACCGUGCACAACCCCGAUCGGGAACAGUGGAUGAUGACGACAACGAAGAGGCUGAGGACGUCGAUCCGGCGCAGAGAGAGAAGCAGCGCGCAUUGAUUGACGCGCUGCCGCUUGACAAAUACGAAAUCCACAACUCCACAGCUGACGAUAAAGCCUGGGAAGAAGCAGAACGACAAGUCCGCGAGGCCGAGGCAGGUUUGGGCAAGAGCACGGUUGUCAGUGUCAAGAGCCAUCAACAGAAUCCGAGCCAGAAGAAACGGAACGUCGAUGACGAUGGUAAUGUCGAUGAUGGAAAUGACGAGGAUGGAGUAUUAAAGGAGAAGACAGACAAAAAGAACAGAGGCCGAGACCGGGAAAGGGGUGACCAGAGAAAGAAGAGGAAACAUAACCACAGAUAA